UAAGGCCUGGACAGGAUAUAUCCCGCGCAGGAGCUAGGGAGCAGGGGUGUGCAGGGUUCCAGCCACAGCAGCACUGGACUCGUCCGGGGGUGACGAGUGAGCAGCUGGGGCCCCGUAGAGUCGCCACGGACACUGCAGGGGCAGCAGACCCCUCAAUGCCUCCCAACCCUUUGACUCACCUGAGCCUGCCGGACAGAUCAGAGAUGCAACUGCAGAGCGAAGCCGACAGGCGGAGCCUCCCGGGCACUUGGACCAGGUCAUCCCCAGAGCACACCACCAUUCUGAGGGGAGGCGUGCGCAGGUGCCUGCAGCAACAGUGUGAACAGACUGUGCGGAUCGUGCAUGCCAAGGUGGCCCAGAAAUCGUACGGAAAUGAGAAGCGGUUCUUCUGCCCCCCGCCCUGUGUCUACCUCUCAGGGCCCGGAUGGAGGGUGAAGCCAGGGCAGGACCAAGCUCACCAGGCCGGGGAGACGGGGCCCACGGUCUGCGGUUACAUGGGACUGGACAGCGCGUCUGGCAGCGCCGCUGAGACACAGAAGCUGAAUUUCGAGCAGCAGCCAGACUCCAGGGUGAGAGCGCACGGGAAGGGGUCCGAUUCCUGCUCCCAUCCCUGCCUCUCCUGGGAAAGGAGGUCUCCUUUAUCACUCCCUUCCGAAAGCCAAGAGAUAGGUGGGGAGACCGGGAGGCCACGGUCCUGCCUUAAGGCAGAGCCUGAGAGUCUGGAUGGUGGAGCUUCUGGUCACCUCCGACGGGGCGGACGUCCGAUAUCUGGGAGAGGUUGGUUCAUCCGACAGGGGAGGGCUGGGAUGAGACGGCCCUAUCCCCGCGAGCCCCCUAGGAAUUCGGCUGCGCCAAGACCCUGUACAUCUCAGAUGCAGACAAGAGGAAGCACUUCCGGCUGGUGCUGCGGCUGGUGCUGCGCGGGGGCCGGGAACUGGGAACCUUCCACAGCCGCCUCAUCAAGGUCAUCUCGAAGCCCUCGCAGAAAAAGCAGUCGCUCAAAAACACCGAUCGUGAGCAGGGCGGGGCCUGAUGCGGGAGGUGCAUCCAAGCCCAGAGCAGCUACCCCAGUGUGCAUAUCCUCCGGCUCAAAGGUCUCCCUCUUCAACCGCCUGCGCUCUCAGACAGUCUCCACACGCUACCUCUCUGUGGAGGACGGGGCCUUUGUGGCCAGUGCGCGACAGUGGGCUGCCUUCACACUCCACCUGGCUGAUGGGCAUUCUUCCCAAGGAGACUUCCCACCGCGAGAGGGCUACGUUCGCUAUGGCUCCCUGGUGCAGCUCGUCUGCACGCUCACCGGCAUCACUCUACCUCCCAUGAUCAUUCGUAAAGUAGCCAAACAGUGUGCGCUCCUUGAUGUGGAUGAGCCCAUCUCCCAGCUGCACAAGUGUGCAUUGCAGUUUCCUGGCAGUCCCCCAGGAGGGGGUGGCACCUACUUAUGCCUUGCCACAGAGAAGGUGGUGCAAUUUCAGGCUUCUCCCUGCCCCAAGGAGGCGAACAGGGCUCUGCUUAAUGACAGCUCUUGCUGGACCAUCAUCGGCACCGAGUCGGUGGAAUUUUCCUUCAGCACCAGUCUGGCGUGUACCCUGGAACCGGUCACUCCGGUGCCUCUCAUCAGCACCCUAGAGCUGAGUGGCGGGGGCGACGUGGCCACGCUGGAGCUCCACGGAGAGAACUUCCAUGCGGGGCUCAAGGUGUGGUUUGGGGACGUGGAGGCGGAAACCAUGUACAGGAGCCCGCGGUCCCUGGUGUGCGUGGUGCCGGACGUGGCGGCCUUCUGCAGCGACUGGCGCUGGCUGCGCGCUCCCAUCACAAUCCCCGUGAGCCUGGUGCGCUCCGACGGGCUCUUCUACCCUAGUGCCUUCUCCUUCACCUAUACCCCGGAAUACAGCGCGCGGCCGGGUCACACCGGCGUCCCCGAGCCCGCCACCGACGCCGACGCGCUUCUGGAGAGCAUCCAUCAGGAGUUCACGCGCACCAACUUCCACCUCUUCAUCCAGACUUAGGCGCGCCCGGGAAUCCCGGCUGCCCACCGCGGAGGGCUGUGCCCGAGCCAGGCGCGGGGACGUGUUUCUGGGAUCUAGGCCCUGCUUCCUUGCCCCUUUGCUGUAGAAGGGCAGCUGAAGGCUCACCCUAGAAAGCGGGCCUGGUGGCUCUUACCCGGCUUACUCCCUCCCUCGUCCUUACACAUACAGGAAGACACGACCUGA